CCCUACAUGACCAACCAAGAGCUACUCCAUACCCUACCCUAGAAAUUCAGCCAUUAAAAUUAAAAAACCUUCAACUCUUCCAUCUUCUUAUUACCACUCUUUUCCUUCUUCGAUCUUUGUAAACAUGAGCAGGGAAACACCAGCACCGGCAAAACUAGCCAUCCCAUGGAGGACACGGCUGGUCCUUACAAUGAUCUCAGCGGCAACAGAUCUGUCACGUCGUUCAAACGGCACCAUAAACAGACGUUUGCUUAAUCUCCUUGACUUCAAGUCCUCUCCUUCCCCUAACAAACCCAUUCACUCCAUCAUCUCUUCUGAUAUCACCGUGGACCCCACCCGCAACCUCUGGUUCCGCCUCUACACCCCGGAAAAUAGCGGGGUUGACGGUAGCGACACUGCCUCUUUGCCUGUUGUGGUAUUUUUUCAUGGAGGUGGAUUUUCUUUCCUAAGUGCUGCAUCAAGUUCGUACGACGUCGUUUGUCGCCGGUUUGCACGUAAAUUUCCUGCUAUCGUUCUUUCAGUUAAUUACCGUCUUACGCCUGAACAUCGAUUUCCCUGUCAAUACGAUGAUGGUUUUGACGUGCUUCGGUUCCUAGACAAUGAUCGAGCCAAUGGGUUACUGCCACCUAAUGCAGAUUUGUCUAAGUGUUUUCUGGUUGGAGAUAGUGCCGGGGCAAAUUUGGCCCAUCAUGUUGCGGUUCGGGCUUGUCGGGCUGGGUUUCAGAAUGUUAAGGUAAUUGGAUUGGUUUCUAUUCAGCCGUAUUUUGGCGGGCAAGAGAGGACCGAGUCGGAACUCCGACUGGUUGGAUACCCGUUCGUGACGGUAGAACGAACCGAUUGGUGCUGGAGAGUGUUUUUGCCGGAUGGAUCGGAUCGGGAUCACUAUGCAGUGAAUGUGAGCGGACCGAAUGCUGAGAACAUCUCGGAUUUGGAUUUUCCGGAUACAAUUGUGAUUGUUGGUGGGUUCGACCCGUUACAAGAUUGGCAGAGGAGGUAUUGUGAGUGGUUAAAGAGAUCCGGGAAAGAGGCUACCUUAAUUGAGUAUUCAAAUAUGUUUCACGCAUUUUAUAUCUUCCCGGAGCUGCCCGAGUCUUCAAGAUUAUUCUCGGAGAUCAAAGAAUUUGUUACCAAGAGACUGUCUAAGCCAUAGCCUAUAAGCCAAACAAUCGCACGCACGCAAGCCCUCCAUGAAUCUAAAGCAAUGCAUUCUUAGUUUCUGGGAAGUAAGAAAUUAUGACGGGGCCUUGAAGUUUAGAAUUUAGAUACCGCAGUUGAAUAAAUUCCAUCUUUCUUGAAGAGGGGGUCAUUGGGCAGAUGCAUCGUGAGGUGCUAAAAUGCCUAGGAACUCUAUCAUUAUGCACAGUUUCUGCGGGUUCAUAUGGGACUGUCAUGGCUUUUAUGUUGAGAUUUUUGUUUUCAAGUAAUGGCAAGUUGUCGUUUGGAUUUUAGAAAAAGGGCAAAAUAUCACAUGUCUGCACUAGCUAGCUGCUAGCUCUAUUCUACUUCAUGUAUCUUUGGGGGACAGCUGGCCCAACCGGGGGGGAAAAGGAAGAUAAUAGCAAUGUCAAUAUAACACUUUUAUUACUCUAUAAUAAAAGAGGGCAGGCUUUCACUGUGCCAA